GAGAGGGGACAGAAAGAAACCCUUUACGCCCCUGUCUUGGUGUGGUCAGAGCUGUGCUGAGCGCUACAAACCACUGCAGCCUGGAAGCGUGAGCUUUUUUUUUUUUUUCUUCCCUUUAAAAAGUUUUCAGGAAGUCUGGGGGAGGGGCAAUGCUGUUUCUUUUUUGUUAUAAUGGGCCCCUUUGUGGGGAUGGAAGAGGAGAAGAGAUCUGUGUGCCUGUGGUGCGCACGCUUCCCAGUGAUUCCCAGGGUAACUUCCCAGGGCUCCUAAAAAGCGCUGGGCCCCUGAGGUGUGGGCAAAAGGGGAGGGAGGCUGGCCCAGGAUGGAGCUGAUGGUGUUGCUCAAUGCUCUGGUUACUCGCCUGCUCUUUGUGUUGCACUCUUUAAUCGGGGUCUGGAGAGUGACUGCAGUGAAGAAAGAACCCAAGUACUGGCUGCUGGCACUGCUCAAUCUUCUCCUGUGCCUGGAGACAGGGCUCACCCUCAAGUUUAAGCAAGGCAGAGGCUACAAAUGGUUUUCACCGGCAAUAUUUUUAUAUCUGAUUUGCACAGUACCAUCACUAUGGCUACUAGAAAUUCAUCAUGGAACUCAGUACUGCGGUAACGAGCCCGGAGCAGUUCAGGUGAAUGUCAGCAAUCAAGACUUCAAUCAAUCCAGAGACAGCAGUCACGGAAGUGAGGGAACAGAUCACCACAUCAUUCAGACGGCUAAAGUCUUUGUGAAUCAGCUCUCCACAAUCUGUGAGACUGUCUGGACACUGGCCCUCCACCAGACUUUCCUAUUGCUACUGGUAGUUGGGAGAUGGCUCCUUCCCAUUGGAGUUGAAAUCACUCGGGAUCAAUUGUCUCAGCUGCUUCUCAUGUUUGUGGGAACAGCAGCAGAUAUACUUGAAUUUGCUAGUGAAACCUUGGACAUCAAAGAUGUUCGGAAUAAUUAUGUUCUCAUAAAUGCAAUUCUUGCUGUAUGGACCUGGAGUAUGUUACAGUUUCCACUUGAUCUUGCAGUACAGCAUAUUGGCUGCAAACCAACUGCAUCGACUAGGCGGAUCCCCAGCCUGCUGCUGUGCAGGUACAGCGCGGAACUGUGGAACAUUGGGGUCAGCCUUUUUAUACAGGAUGGUCCCUUCUUCAUUGUGCGCUCAAUCCUGAUGGGCCACUUCAGAAUAUUCAAUCAGAUGCUGGUAUUUUUUACAGCUAAGAAUAUUUUAGUUGUGACUUUACAACUGUAUCGUUUGGCAGUGAUAACGUUAGACUUUCGUGCUACCAUUCUGCAGAAGAGCAGGAAAGGAGAAGUCAGCUGUUGCCCAUGCGAGCCUUACGAAGCUAGUACUCACGCUACCGCUGACCAAGAUAACAAGAUGAAAGAGUUUGUUGCUUUUCCUCUGAAAGAGGGAUCCCAAGCUCUAUCAGAAGAUCAGUGAGCACAGUUACUGCCUUGAAAGAGGUUGCAAUACCCACAGCUUUUUCAGGAGGGCUUAGCCUAUUUCUAUGACCAAACACACCUUGACUGAGUGCCCAAGUCAUCUCUUCCACCAAGAGACCAAUAAUUUCUUCUAAACUGUAGGAGAAAUUUCUGAAGCAAAUUCAUAGAAAUGGGACAUUUUUGUAUCCAUUCAUAUGCUGGGUUUUGACUAGUUCCCUAUUAUAUUAUCCACAGGGAUUUUGUAGCCAUAGUUUGUAGUAGGAAGAAAGGUUUGGCACACUAACAAAGUUGGUGGCACUGUGCUAACGUAUGUACUUGCAUGUAUUCAAAUCGAAAAACAAGCCUAUCCAUUAUGGGAAGUAUGGAAGCAUUUAGCUUUACUAUAGCCCAACGGUCGAAGCCAGGCUAUAACCAGAGCGUGAUGAACAGUAUGUUCAUCGUGUGUGGGAGCAGUGACAACUGUGCAGACAGGCAAGUGAAGGGGCAUGACAGUUUUCUACUGUUACUGUGGCAUUGAAAUAUUGUUCAUUCAAGAACUUUAAGAAAACCUUGUCCAAAUGUUACCUCAUCCUUGGCUGCAUUCAGUUAAAAACUAUGCAACACCAUGAAACAUGACAAACAAAACUGUCCCUUAAGACCUGCAUGGUCUGAAUAACCUAAACAUUACAAAUUAAAAAAAUUAGAUGAAAAGCAGCCCCACAAGUCUGCAUUUGUCACAGGCAUUUUUUUUUUUUUACAGAGGCGCUUGCCUUUCUGUUUCUAUGAGUUAGAACACCAAAAAACCCCCAAACAACCCCAACCACCCCAAAAUAUUUGUAAAGACUUCUUCCCCCCCCACUGGUUUUACCAUGUUUCCAAUUGAAAUGAGUUUUGAAAAUGAAGACAUUUGAUAUGAGUUUUUAAGAGUGGUCUGACUCAGACACACAAUCUAACUGGAAAGAAAACAGCACUGCUCAAGUGUGUCAAGACACUCUAGACAAAAGGAUUCAGGCUUGAGCUUCACAUUUUAUAAAGCACCACAAGGUUCCCUGAAAUAACUUCAGAGAUAGUCUGAUCUGUUGAGUGUCAAGAUCCAUUUUUAGAAAAUAGCUAAUAAUUAUUCAUCUACUACUAUGACAUUUGGAGUGAACAACAUAGGCCUGAUAAAUUUAUCCCAAGAACACACUUUAUAUCAGUGUAGUGCCAUUGACUUUGCUGGGCUUAGCUUAUAGAAGCUGAAAGUAAGGUAAGUGGUUUUUAAAAAUCUGCCUAAAAAUCAUGCUGUCACAGAAAAUGGCAGGUACUUUUACAAAUUUUUGCAUCCAUUCUAAGAGAGUGCAGAAAAGCAUAUUUUAAAAAAUCUAGCAAAUAUAAAGUGACCUAAUUAAGGUAACGUCCCUUAUUAAAAAUUCCCAAUUAAACCUUAUUUUCUAAACCCUUCACUAUCUAACAACAGAGUCCAGUCUGGGGAAUGAAUAAAAAUUUUUCUACCACCACCACAACAGUCAUACGCUUAUUUAUGCAUAGCCUGAUAAGCAAUGACAUGUUUAUUCUUUGAAAGAUUAACCUAUCUAAAAAUCCCAACCCCAAACAUUGAACCUGUGUUUAUAUUUGUGAGCUAUUACUCUUCUGUGCAGAAUCAGGUCCUUCCAUUACGAAAGAAGAAAAUGCACAGGCAUAAAGGAGGAAGGAAGUCUUAUAUACUUCAUAGACCUUUCUAACAUUUAUACUUUAGUAAUAAUGUGCGACACCUCCUGCUCUUCUUAUUUUGGGCCUUCUUCCAUAAAAAAUUUUUUAAAAGCCAAUCAUUAUUCACCACGGCAUUGUGAGGCAGACAUAUGGAGAGUGGAGUGCAGCUUCAUUUGGGAUUUUAAUUCAAGCCUAGAAGUAAAAGAGCUAGAGUACUGCUGCUGACCAGCUGUGCUGUCUGAAACCUUUCACACUAGGGUGGAUUUAGAAUCAGUUGGAAGAACUGCAACACAUCUCUUCCUUGUUGGUGCAAGCCAGGACUACUCACAUUCAUUUUGAGUUUACUACUCAUGAUAUAGUAAUUAUCCUGUUAAAAGGAUCCUUGCUAAUUAAUUUGGAAUGUACUGAGCUUGCUAGAACAUCAUUCUAAAUUCAUCAGCACAAAAAUUGCAGGACAUACUUUUUUUGUACUUGCCGUCUAUUUAAAGGGCUUAGUUCAGCAACAAACUGCCUACGAGGCUCAGCCUGCAGCAAACGCAGGAUCCCCCGGGGUCAGCAAUACAGAGACUAGUUACGGCAGGAAUAUUUUACAGAGAACUAUAUUUCCUGGUCUUCAGGCUGUUCCAUUUUGAAUAGCAGUAAAGAUUCUAAUCAGAUUUACUGUGCGAAGAACUAACCCCAAUGUUAGGUUUUUACUACUAGAUCCUCCCUCAUGCUUAUGAUAGAAUAGAUUUGGACUUACCUUUUCCUCCCCACUAUUGGGGGCGACAACAAGCAGAUUGCUUAAAAACAAAAGAAAAACCAAACAGACAAAGCAAGCACAUAAAUGGUGGGUAGUGUACCUCCCCACCUGUGCACAGAGGGGAAUCGCAUGUACCAGCGGAAACACGCAGUUCCCUCUACUUCAUUGAGAAGCCCAGGAAUGGCAAUUAAGAAGUCUAGUAGCUUGUGUGUUUGGUCACAGUGGCAAGCCUGCUUCACCUCCCUCUUGCAAAUUUUUUAUUAUUAUUUUUGAGAGGGAGGACUACAGCACUGGUUUUCCAGCAGGCUGUUUGAGUCAGCUGAAUCAGUGGCUGGGUGUGGGGAGCCAUUGUGUAAUCCUGCAGCCUUCCAGAGCUUUGCACUAGGCAAGUGGUAGAAUGUGUUUUCUUCAAGAUCUGCCACAGCAUCUGUGGCGUAUCCAAAGAACAACUGGUGUCACGCUUGCUAUUCGGGAAAAGCUGCAAUAAACUUUCAGAUGGAAAAACCUCAAACCUUCAAAAUGAAGGGAUUUCAGAACAUUUAUCUUAACCAUUAUUUACUCAAGUCAGGAGAAUUGCAUCACUAAAUCUCUUCUGCAAAUAGAUAUCUAGCCAUUUACUGUUAUUUAUUCUGGUUGUUCCUGCCUUGUCCUUUUAGAUUAUUCCAUAUUAAACCUCACUGAAAUGUUUUACCACCACUUGUAUUUUCCUGAGCUAAAAUGUAUUCCUCCUUUCCUUUGGACAUUGGCUCAAAUAAGAUCAUAGCCCUAAGCAAAAAAAAAAAACCACAAACCAAAAAAACCCCAACAAACCACCAAAUCACCAAAACCCACACACCAAACAUACAAAUAAAACCACCACCAUGAUUUUAUUUCAUUUCUGUUGGUAUUCAUACUGUACUAUGUUCUCUGGGACCAUGUGGAAGUGGAAGAAAAUGUGCAAUUACUUUUAAAAAAUUCCAACUGUAUUUUGCAAAUAAAAGGCAGUUACCUCAGGCAUAGCUGCCAAUUUAUUAUGUGA